CAUUCGCGAAAUAAUUCGAGUCUAUAUGAAAAAUAAAUCAAAUCAAAAAUCUGUGUUAAUUUUCACACCAUCGGCCUAAAAAAAUGUGUGUGCCAUUAUCAUUAAAAGCCAAAAAAAUAUACAUAUAUAUUAAUGUCCAUUAUACUACAACUACACUCUGAACCAGUGCAAAAAAUAAAAACAUAUUUCUGCAGGCCAGUUACAGAGUUUCCUUCUAUUGUAAAUUGAUUGUUCAUGUAAAUAAAAAAAGAGAAUUUGUGCGAAAUAACGAAAUAUUUAAACACUACCGAAAAUUUUGUGAUGUGAUGAUUGACAACUUACUCUGGAUUAAAUGUUACUGCUGCUCAUCGACAUCAUGAAGUGCUAUGUGGUUUCAAUAUUUAAUUUACCUACGAAACAAAAAUAUCGUAAAAAAUUAAAUAAUAGCAAAAGUUUUAAUUUUCAUUAAUUAAAAGUUGGUACUGUAACUACCUUAAUAAUGUGUAAAGUUUAUAAAUGUAUUUUGAACAAACUGAUAUUUGCCCUUCAAAUUUGGUUUGUUAUCACGAGUUCACACACAAAAGUUGAAAAUGUAUCAUCAUCCCACGUACAACAUUUUCCGGAUGUUUUGUCUCACGGUGUGUCAACAACGGAAUAUGUCUCCAAGCUAAAUAACCAAACGCACUGCAAAUGCUGGAUUGCGGAGUUUAACCCCAUUUUUUUACAUGAAUGCACUUGCAUAGGACCAAAAUAUCCAGAAAUAUGUUGCAUCAAACUCGCAAGUAUUUCAAUUAGUAAAUGUAGUGAACGGUUCCUUUCGAUGCGUGAUAUUGGCCAGGGAAGAAUUUAUCUCAGGGAUAUAAUUUUUUCUGACUUUCCUCAAUUGAUUGCUAUUCAAGAUGAUUUUUUAUUGUCUGAGUUCCCAAACAUUCGCACUUUUGACAUAUCUCAAGCACCAAAUUUACAGUCAAUUAGCGCUUCUAUGUUUAAAAAUGUCUCGUCGUCUUUCAAAACUUUGCGCAUCACAUACAGUGGCUUGCGAAACAUUCCGGAUUUGUCGUUUAUAGGACACGUUUUACAUGUAGUAGACUUUGAAGGGAAUCAAAUAACAUAUUUGAACGAAAGAUCUGUAAAAGUUCGAACCGAACAACUCGUACUCGACAAUAAUCUAAUAAGUUACAUAGAAGCUGAUGCCUUUGAAGGCUCACAAAUAGCAAAGUUAAGUUUAAAAAAUAACAAGCGGCUCAAAGCCCUUCACGAACACGCAUUUUCCCAAUGCAUAAGCAUAAAUGAGUUGGAUCUCUCGAAUACACUGAUUGAAAAAUUGCCAACGGAUGGACUGCAGGAACUUGAAAUCCUAAUAAUUCAAAACACGCAUUCCUUAAAGCAAAUUCCUUCGUUAUAUUUUUUCAAAAAUUUACGUUUUGCUUACCUUACACAUUCAUUCCAUUGUUGCGCCUUCAAAUACCCGAAACGGCAUGAUAAAUUCCUGUAUGAAAAAAAGUUAAAAUGGAUCGAGAAACUGCAGGAAAAUUGCAUCAAAGACUGGCAAGAUAAUAAAAGAUCCAAAAGAAAUUUGCAGUUGGAAGAUGUUGAUGAAGACGAUGAUGAAAUGGGAGAAUUUACUGAUGAUGCUGUCACAUUACUACCGAAUAAUAUGUUAGUGGAUGCACGAUGUGGGAAUAUUACAUUGGAAACGUAUUAUGACAAAACAAAAAUUAAAUGUUACCCUGAACCAGAUGCACUAAAUCCCUGCGAAGACGUCAUGGGAUCAUCUUGGUUACGCUGCAGUGUGUGGUUAGUUGUCUGCAUGGCUCUUUUUGGAAAUUUUGCCGUUUUACUCGUUCUUCUUGCAUUUUUGUCGGAACUCACUGUCCCCAAAUUGCUCAUUUGUAACCUCGCAUUUGCCGAUUUAUGUAUGGGAGUAUAUCUCUUCCUGCUUGCUUCCAUUGAUUAUGUGUCAAAAGGAGAAUUUUUCAACUUUGCUUUCGACUGGCAAUACGGACCUGGAUGCAAAGCUGCGGGAUUUCUCACAAUUUUCGCAAGCCAUCUGUCUGUCUUUACACUAACCGUCAUCACGCUGGAGAGAUAUUUCGCUAUUCGACAUGCUAUAUAUUUAAAUCGACGAAUAAAACUCAAUACUGCUCGUUACGUGAUGUUUUUAGGAUGGAUUUAUGCUGUUUCUAUGGCAUCUUUACCCUUAAUUGGAGUGAGCAAUUAUUCAUCGACAAGUAUCUGCUUACCCAUGGAAGCCCGUGAUAAUUACGAUAUCGUGUUCCUAUUUGUUGUACUGGCAUUGAAUGGAUUUGCCUUCUGUGUAAUUCUCUUUUGCUACGCCAGAAUUUACUUUUCGUUAGCGAAGGAAACCCGAAGAGGGGGACAAGGCUCGAAGGGAGAAAUGACGAUUGCCAAGAAAAUGGCUUUAUUGGUAUUCACUAAUUUCAUUUGUUGGUCGCCAAUCGCUUUUUUCGGAAUAACGGCUUUGUUUGGGCAUCCACUUAUCGAUGUAACCAAGUCAAAGAUCAUCUUGGUGUUUUUUUAUCCAAUCAAUUCUUGUGCAAAUCCCUAUUUGUAUGCGAUUCUAACGUCGCAGUACAGAAGAGAUUUAUUUAUGCUGUUGGAAAAAUUCGGUUUGUUCAAACAACGUGCAAGGAAAUAUAAAUUGACUUAUACUUUGCCGACACAUGAAGUUCAGAUGAAUAUGAUAGAACCGACUUCCGUACGAAGAACAACACUCGAAAGCAGCAUCAAAAAGGAUGAUCCUUUUUUCAGCAGUAAGGAAAAAGUGGCACAAAGAGUCGAUAUUGAAUUACUAACGAAUAACAAAAAUUACGAAGAAGAUUUGAUUUAAAAUGAA